AUGUCCGCCGACAAGGAACUCACCUUCAAGGAGAUCGCCGAUCACAACACCAAGAAGGACCUGUACAUGGUUGUCCACGAUAAGGUCUACGACUGCAGUUCUUUCGUCGAUGAGCACCCUGGUGGUGAGGAAGUCCUCCUCGAUGUAGGUGGCCAGGACGCAACAGAGGCCUUUGAGGACGUCGGACACAGUGACGAGGCUCGCGAGAUCCUGGAGGGUCUCCACGUCGGUAACCUCAAACGCGUGCCCGGCGACCCUGCCCCCAAGGCUCACGCCCAGGCAUCCGGUGACUCUUCCUCCGGCGGCGGCAGCGCCGGCCUCGGUGUCGGUCUUUAUGCCAUCAUUCUGAUCGGUGGUGCCGCUGCCUACUUCGCUUACCAGUACGUCCAAGCGUCUGCUGGUGCUGAGACGCAGUAG